AAUCUAGCCAAUCACCAGUUUCCAGGAUAACUUUUGAAGAAGUGUAGCAGGAGGAACAAAUUUAUUUUGACACACAGGAACUCCAAAAUGUGGUUGCUAUUUGUGUUGGUGUCUGUAACAGAAGUGAUCAUGUCUUUGGGUGAAAUCCACAGACAAAUUGUUGUGAAUCCAGAACAGUUUUUAAACACGAGUGGAAUCAUUUCCCGCUGGGACUAUCCAAGUGAAGUUUAUGAGGCCUUGACAGAGGAUGGAUAUUUGUUAACCAUGAACAGAAUUCCUUAUGGCAAAGAAGGCAAAUGUGGUUCAAGGCCAGCUGUGUUGCUGAUUCCUGGAUUAAUUAUGGAAAGCAGUCCCUGGGUCUCCAAUCUACCUAAUAAUAGUCUGGCCUUCAUAUUGGCAGAUGCUGGUUAUGAUGUUUGGUUGGGAAAUGUUAGAGGAACCACUUGGUCUAGAAGACAUCAGAAUUUGUCCAUCUCACAGCAGGAAUUCUGGAAUUUCAGCUUUCAUGAAAUGGGCCUCUAUGAUCUACCAGCUAUGAUAAACGUCAUACAGCAGACAACUGGGCAAAAGCAAAUCUAUUAUGUCGGCCACUCUCAAGGAGCUACCUUGGGUUUUCUAGCCUUUUCUCUGCGACCUGAGGUGGCAGCAAAAAUCAAAUUAUUCUUUGUUUUUGCUCCUGCAUAUACACUUCACAACAGCAAAGGUCCAGUAAUCCGGCUAUUAUUCUUUCCAGAUACAAUUUUAAAGAUUAUAUUUGGCACAAAAGAAUUCUCCUUAUUAAAUACAAGUAUGAGAAAGCAGAUUGCUAAGAUUUGCAGCUAUCAACCAAUACAAAAACUCUGUGCCCAAGCACUUUUCCUUAUAAGUGGCUUUGACGAAAACAGCUUAAAUGUGAGUCGAGUUGACGUGUACACUGCUCAUUUUCCAGAUUUCACAUCUGUAAAGAAUAUUUUACACUUUGGUCAGUCAGCAAAAACAGGAAAAUUUCGAUACUUCGACUACGGCUGUAAGAAUAAAGAAAAAUACAACCAGACCUCUCCACCAUUUUAUAACAUAGAAGCUAUGACUGUGCCUACUGCUGUGUGGAUAGGAGCAAAUGACUGGGUGUCUCGUCCAAAGGACAAUGCCGAAUUAGUUCCUCGAAUUACUAACCUUAUUCACUUCAAGAGAUUUUCUGACUGGAACCACUGGGAUUUCCUCUGGGGGCUGGAUGCACCUCAGCGCCUUUAUGCAGAAGUGAUUGAUAUGAUGAGAAGAAACCCAGUAAGCCCAUAGGGUGCUGCACUGGGAUGUUUAGAGGCAAGCUGGUGUUUUA